GUAUAAAUUAAAAUGCUGGUGUAACAAAACGACAUAUUUUGUGUUAAUCGUUUGACCCAGUAGCAGAUUCGACUUCUACAGGUGUAAUUAUGAGGAAUUUUCAGGUUACUGUGUGUAUGGUACUUAUCAGUACGGUAUUCUCUAAUUCAAUAGAUAUUCGUCGCAGAGAAAGACGACAGGCUGUCUAUCCUUAUGCAGCUAACCCUGCAGCCCAACAGGCACAGGCAGCAUUUGUUAACACCGCGCAGUAUCCCACGAACGUUAAUGCAGCUCAAUAUGCCACAACCGUAGGAAAUCCAGCCAACUUGUAUACUUCGUACAACUCUAUGGCAACCAACCAAGCUCCCCAGGCCGCCAAUGCCCAGCAAUAUUUAUCUAAUGUCAACCAAGCUCAACCUCAAGCAAACUUUGCUUAUCUGAAUUAUGCUACAGCGGGUAACGCAGCUGCGCAAACGACAGCGAACGCAGCAGCCGUUAAUGCACAAGCCAACAACGCAGGUGGUGGGAAACAGCAAAAGAAUAGGAACAAUGCAGCGGCAGCUUCAAAUGCCCAACAAGCCACUGCUGUUAACGCUAAUGUGAACACCGCAGCCAAUAUGCAACAGGUUCAAGCAAACGUUGUAGCUUCCGCAAACCAGCAAGCACCAGCCGGAACGACUUAUGUAUACAAUAACGCAGCUGCCAAUCCAGGGCAAUACUUAGCUAAUGCUGCCCUUGCUAAUUACGUCGCAGCAGUUACAGCAGCAAACCAAGCUAAUGUCGCAGGUGCUACUAAUGCUGCAAACCAACAGGUAAAUGCUGCUAAUGCUGCAAACCAACAAGUUAAUGCUGCUAAUCAACAAGUUAUUGCUGCUAAUCAACAGGUAAAUGGUGCUAAUGCUCCUAAUCAACAAUUAAAUGGUGCUAAUCAACAAGUUAUUGCUGCUAAUCAACAAGUUAAUGCUGCUAAUCAGCAAGUUAAUGCUGUCAACCAACAAGUUAAUGCUGUCAACCAACAACUUAACAGUGUUAAUAACGCUGCAGCUGUGACAAAUGCCGUAGGAAAUCAACAAGUAUCCUCAGCAGUGACAGCAGGUCAGCCAUUGUACACUUCGUAUGCUGCUGUCCCAGUAAAUCCCUAUAUGGCUUACCUAGCUGCUUAUGCAUCACCGAAUACAGCUGUAAGAUCAUCAAAUGCUGCUAGAACCACGGUAUAAUGGAUAAUUAUGUAUUUCUUUAAAAUAGUGAUAUGAUGACUCCCAAAUGCUGCUAGAAACUCCUAGCUUAUAUGCAUCACGGAAUACAGCUGUGGCAUCACCAGCUGCAACGGGAGACACUGUGAAAUGAAUAAUUAUAUAGUUGAACUCUUUAUGAUAUAUACGUGUGUAGUGUAUUUUAAAUGCUUAAUACUGAAACAUCGUUCCUCAUGAAAAGAGUAAAUGUUUUGCUUGA